UCUCUCUCCCCUUCCAUCUCCUCUCUUCCAAAAUAUUCCCACACCCACCAACACACAAUUCGCGUUGGAUUACUUCUCCGACAACGCCACCGUCACCACCCUUAUAUUCCCUCUAAAUCAUUUCUUCAUUUUCUUCAUUCCAUGCCAACCUUAAUCACCUCAUCAAUCAUCUCCAAUCAUUGAACAAAUAAUCCCCUUUUAUCCAUUUCAUAAUUUCGUCGCAUGCAUGUUUACACCAACAUUAUUUGAAGAUAUAUACACGCCUCUUUUAAAUCUCAUUAGGCAAGGGAGGAAUCCUUUUUGACACAUAUUGGUGGUGCUUUGUCCUACAUUUCUGAUAUGGGAACAAAAAUGAAGGGGAUAUAUAAAGGAUUCAAAUACGGCAUCACCAAUAUGUUUGCAGUGAAGGAACCAGAAAUGGAAAUUGGGGGUCCCACUGAUGUCAAACAUGUAGCACAUAUAGGGACGGAUGGCUCCUCCGGAAAUGCACCCUCUUGGAUGAAUGAAUACAAUAGCGGGAAUGAUUUUGCAACAACAUCAAUUGGUAAUUCCGCCUCUGGUUCUGAAUCCACCGGCAUGUCUCCAUGGUCAUCUCGAGAAUUUGGCGAUUCCGUAAGGCAAGAUGAGAACUCGACGGAGGCUGCUCCUGUGAAGAAGAAGGAGAGGAGGAAGAAGCCUAGAUCGAAUAAUGUUAACUCUCCAAAAUCAUCGAACGGCUCUUGUUCAUCAAGGCCUUCAAGGCAAGGAAAGCAAAAAACCAAAUUCAUGGAAAACAAUGCAAAAACAACAAACAUCCAAGUUGUGUAGAAUUAAAAGUUGUGAAUUUCAUCCAUUUUCUCCACUUCUUCAAUAAGGGACUUCUUGUUUUGUUCCUACACAUGAGAGUUAAUUAAUAUCCAAUUGAUGUUGUAGGAAAUCUGUGGUAUUUAGGGGGGGAAGGGUGUAUUGUGGAGUAUUAUUGGAGGUGAAAAUGAGUUAAAAGAUCAAACACUAUAUAUAAAGAUUGAUAUGAGAAA